UUUCUCUUUGUGUCCCUUGACGUUUGCUUGUCAAGACAUGAUAGAAAUACACAAGACAUCUCCACAAAUAUUUCGAUUGGUAGCUUUCAAUGUUUCUACUAUUCCAUUGUUUGCUCAAAAAAUUCAAAUAUUUCAGUUUGGGAGGUUCUAAUUCUAUAUCAAGAGUCAAGACUUUGAUUAAGAACAAUGAGAGUUAGGGUUGAUGUUUGUCGGACACAACACAUCUUAUUGUUCUUUGUUAUUUUGUUGAGUUUUAUAUUUUUUGCAUUAUGCCUGGAUGGAGAUGAUUAUAGCAAAACAGGGAACCCAAAAGUUCUUGUUUCCGUUACAAACCUUAUAUAUAGUCGACUUCAGAAUCUAAAGAACGUCUUAAAGGCUGACGUUGAUCGAGAUUUAGGAUAUUGCAUCAAAAAUUUGAAGAACGAUUGGAAUGAAGCAUUUAACUUUGAUAAAAAUCUUGACUUCUUAAGCAAUUGUGUCAAAAGAACUGACGGUGACCUCACACUUAGACUAUGUACAGCUGCUGAGAUAAAGUUCUACUUCAAUAGUUUUGUUAGAAGAGAUGAAGCAACAACGGUUCAUGUAAGGCCUAACAUCAACUGCAAUUUAGCUAAAUGGGUUUCCGGAUGUGAGCCAGGAUGGAGUUGCAAUGCGGAUGACGAUAAAAAAUUCGAUCUCAACAAUGGGAAAGUUCUUCCCUCUAGAACUCGUAAAUGUCAACCUUGUUGUGAGGGUUUCUUUUGUCCACAAGGUCUUGCUUGCAUGAUACCGUGUCCAUUAGGCGCAUAUUGCCCGCUUGCCAAGCUUAAUAAAACAACGGGAAUUUGCGAGCCAUAUAAUUACCAGAUUCCUCCAGGAAAGGUGAACCAUACAUGUGGUUCCGCAGAUAGUUGGGUUGAUGCCGAGAGUAGUGGUGAUAUGUUUUGUUCUCCAGGUUCAUAUUGCCCUACAACAAUUCGAAAGGUCACUUGUAGUAGUGGGCAUUACUGCAGACAAGGUUCUACUUCACAAAAACCAUGUUUCAAGCUUGCAACGUGUAAUCCGAAUACCGCAAACCAAAAUAUUCAUGCCUAUGGAGCUAUCUUAAUUGCAUCACUAAGUCUUGUGAUGAUCAUGGUUUAUAACUGUUCUGAUCAAGUUCUUGCCACUCGAGAGAAAAGACAAGCAAAAUCAAGAGAAGCUGCAGCAAGACACGCAAAAGAAACAACACAAGCUCGAGAAAGGUGGAAAACUGCAAAAGAUGUUGCCAAGAACCAAAAGUUGGGAUUGUCUGCACAACUAUCUCAGACAUUUUCUCGCAUGAAGUCUGCUAGGAAGGAUGCCGCACCAGCUAAAGCUUCUGGAAAGUCAAAAGACAAGAAAAAAGAAGCAAGUAAUUUAACCAAGAUGAUGAAAUCAAUGGAGGAGAACUCGAGUAACAACGAAGGGUUUAAUGUAGGUACUGGUAGUAAGCAUGGGAAGAAGCCACAAGCUCCAAAGGGUAAACAACUACAUACUCAAAGCCAGAUUUUUAAGUAUGCAUAUGGUCAGAUUGAGAAGGAGAAAGCUAUGGAGCAAAACAAUAAGAACUUGACAUUCUCUGGAGUCAUUUCGAUGGCCACUGACACUGAUAUGAGGACUAGACCUGUUAUAGAAGUUGCGUUUAAAGACUUAACUCUUACAUUGAAGGGUAAACAUAAGCAUAUAUUGAGAUCUGUUACGGGAAAGAUCAUGCCCGGUCGUGUCUCUGCCGUCAUGGGUCCAUCAGGAGCUGGGAAAACUACAUUUCUUUCCGCCUUGGCAGGAAAAACAACUGGAUGUACGAGGACUGGUCUUAUCCUCAUAAAUGGUAAAAAUGAAUCCAUAAACUCAUACAAGAAGAUCACUGGAUUUGUUCCACAAGAUGAUGUUGUGCAUGGGAAUCUUACCGUCGAGGAGAACCUUCGGUUUAGCGCAAGAUGCAGAUUAAGUGCUUAUAUGUCAAAAGCAGACAAAGUGUUGAUCAUUGAAAGAGUGAUUGAAAGCUUAGGACUACAACAUGUAAGAGACUCGUUGGUUGGUACGGUAGAGAAAAGAGGAAUCUCUGGAGGACAGAGGAAACGAGUAAACGUUGGUGUUGAAAUGGUCAUGGAACCUUCUCUAUUGAUAUUAGAUGAACCCACUACAGGUUUAGAUAGUGCAUCUUCACAGUUACUUCUUAGAGCACUUCGACGUGAAGCACUUGAAGGAGUUAACAUUUGUAUGGUCGUGCAUCAACCAAGUUAUACGAUGUACAAAAUGUUUGAUGACAUGAUAAUACUAUCAAAAGGUGGUCUUACCGUGUACCAUGGAUCUGUCAAAAAAAUUGAAGAAUAUUUUGCUGACAUCGGGAUCACCGUACCCGAUCGUGUCAAUCCUCCUGAUCAUUAUAUAGAUAUUCUUGAAGGCAUAGUGAAACCAGAUGGUGAUAUAACAGUAGAACAGCUUCCUGUGAGAUGGAUGUUACACAAUGGUUACCCUGUGCCUCAUGAUAUGUUGAAGCUUUGUGAUGGACUCCCUUCAAAUUCUGAUCGAGUAACUCCUACCGUAGGUCGACAAUAUAGAUAUUUUGUUGGAAGGGUUGGCAAACAAAGACUUAGAGAAGCAAGACUACAAGCGUUAGAUUUCUUAAUAUUAUUAGUUGCAGGAGCUUGUUUAGGAACUCUUGCUAAAGUGAACGACGAGACGAUUGAUACACUUGGAUACACAUAUACGAUUAUAGCCGUCUCUCUUUUGUGUAAGAUCUCAGCGUUGAGAUCUUUCUCUGUAGAUAAAAUACAAUAUUGGAGAGAAAGUGCCGCUGGAAUCAGCAGUUUGGCACAUUUUAUGGCUAAAGACACAAUGGAUCAUUUGAACACAUUUUUGAAACCUUUAGUGUACUUGUCCAUGUUCUACUUCUUCGAUAACCCGAGAUCUAGUUUCGAAGACAACUACAUUGUUCUAGUCUGCUUGGUCUACUGCGUUACGGGCAUGGCUUAUGUAUUUGCCAUAUUGUAUAGUGCUAGUGCAGCCCAACUGUUGUCGGUGUUAGUACCCGUUGUAAUGACUCUCAUCGCGAAUCAAGAUAAAGAAAGCAUGGUUCUUAAGUAUCUCGGAAGCUUCUGCUACCCCAAAUGGACUCUUGAAGCUUUUGUGCUUUCAAACGCUCAAAGGUACUCUGGAGUAUGGGUGGUGACGCGAUGCAGCUCAUUGUCACAAAACGGAUAUGAUCUUAGUGAUUGGAUAUUAUGUCUCAUUGUUCUCAUUCUCAUGGGACUAAUUUGCCGAUUCAUAGCUUAUUUCUGCAUGGUUACAUUCCAGAAAAAAUAAAUCUGAAAAAAAAAAAAAAAAGA